CUGACGGGAGCGCGCACUACGCAGUAGUUUGGGCGAGACAGUAAUCCGGAGAGGUUGUGAAGAACGAGCUGUCCAGAUUCUACAGAUUUUCACCUUAUUUUUUGCCUCUUUGAAGUCAACAUGCGUGAAAUAGUGCACCUUCAGGCGGGCCAGUGCGGGAAUCAGAUCGGAGCUAAGUUCUGGGAGGUGAUCAGUGACGAGCACGGCAUUGACCCAACCGGCAGCUACCAUGGAGACAGUGACCUGCAGCUGGACCGGAUCAGUGUUUACUACAACGAAGCUUCUGGAGGAAAGUAUGUCCCUCGUGCCAUCCUUGUGGAUCUAGAGCCAGGAACCAUGGACUCUGUCCGCUCGGGGCCUUUUGGACAGAUAUUCAGACCUGACAACUUUGUUUUUGGUCAGAGUGGAGCAGGUAAUAACUGGGCUAAGGGUCAUUACACAGAGGGUGCCGAACUGGUGGACUCAGUGAUGGACGUGGUUCGCAAGGAAGCUGAGAGCUGUGACUGCCUGCAGGGCUUCCAGCUCACGCACUCGCUGGGAGGAGGAACCGGUUCAGGCAUGGGAACGCUUCUCAUCAGCAAGAUCCGUGAGGAGUAUCCUGACCGCAUCAUGAACACCUUUAGUGUGGUGCCAUCUCCUAAAGUGUCGGACACGGUCGUGGAGCCCUACAACGCCACGCUGUCCGUCCAUCAGCUGGUGGAGAACACAGACGAGACCUACUGCAUCGACAACGAGGCGCUGUACGAUAUCUGCUUCCGCACACUCAAACUCACCACGCCCACGUAUGGUGACCUCAACCACCUCGUCUCGGCCACCAUGAGCGGUGUCACCACCUGCCUGAGGUUCCCUGGACAGUUGAACGCUGAUCUUCGCAAACUGGCGGUCAACAUGGUGCCCUUCCCUCGUCUGCACUUCUUCAUGCCCGGCUUUGCUCCUCUCACCAGCAGGGGGAGCCAGCAGUACCGUGCCCUCUCCGUUCCUGAGCUCACCCAGCAGAUGUUCGAUGCCAAGAACAUGAUGGCCGCGUGCGACCCGCGCCAUGGACGCUACCUGACCGUGGCCGUUGUUUUCCGUGGACGCAUGUCCAUGAAGGAGGUGGACGAACAGAUGCUGAACAUCCAGAACAAGAACAGCAGCUACUUUGUGGAGUGGAUCCCAAACAAUGUGAAGACCGCUGUUUGCGACAUCCCGCCCCGUGGGCUCAAGAUGUCUGGAACCUUCAUCGGCAACAGCACUGCCAUCCAGGAGCUCUUCAAGCGUAUUUCAGAGCAGUUCACUGCUAUGUUCCGCCGCAAGGCCUUCCUGCACUGGUACACCGGAGAAGGUAUGGAUGAGAUGGAGUUCACGGAGGCCGAGAGCAACAUGAACGACCUGGUGUCCGAGUACCAGCAGUACCAGGAAGCCACCGCCGAAGAGGGAGAGUUUGAGGAGGAGGGUGAAGAGGAGGCCGCCUGAUCACCAUCUCAUGCACCACCUUCUGAUUCAUCUCCAUCUCCUCUUAAGUCAAGUCAAGUCACCUUUAUUUAUAUAAUUUAUCUAGUGCUUUACACAAUACAGAUUGUUUGAAAGCAGCUUACAUUGAUAACAGGAAAAUUAUGCAUUUCGGCUGUUGUGCAGCUGAAGUCAGUUCAGUGUUGAUUCAGUUCCAUUGUAACGAUAAUUAAAUAUUAAAUUAGUUCAUUACAUCUAUAAAGCAGUUCUGCAAAAAAUUAUGGCAUCGUCCAGCUCAGUUCAGUUCUCAUACAGCAGCAUCAGAGCAGUCAGAUCAAAAAUACUGUUGAAUAUUAAAUAUCCCAGUCCUGUUCUGUUAAACAGAGACAAUCCAUUCAAAUUUUAGUGUGAUUCUAAUUCUUCUGUGAUUCUAGCCCAUUCCUUGUUUUGUUGAAAUGACCAUGGAUUCACUGAAUAAAGACAUGACAAAUCUGAAAAAAA